GGGUUUUUCAGAAACAUAUUUUAUUUUAUUUAUCAUUCGUAACAAUGCUGGCUGACUUUUUGGCCCGAUUUUCCAUUCCGUUCGCCAUCGCGGUCAUACAUCUUACCGGAAAUCCGAAUCAAACUGUCCACCAGAAUGAUGGCAUCGAGCAGAUUAAGCUGUACGAUGAAAUAUUAAAGAUAGGUGACCACACGUUAUCAUCUGCGAACAAGGAGGGCGAGGGACCCACGGAAUAUUACGAUUACAUAAUUGUCGGUGGAGGUGCGGCCGGCGCGGUCGUGGCGAAUAGGUUGUCCGCCGAUGGGAAUUACACCGUGCUUUUGCUCGAGGGUGGGGGCGACCCAAAUCAAUUGAUUCCAGUGAGUGAGAGUGAGAUUCCAGUCGGGCAAUUGUUGCUGUGGGAUAGUGAAAUGGUGAUGAAAUAUGCGGGUGUGCCGCAGGAGAGGGCGUGCCUUCAAAAUGGUGGGGUUUGCAGAUUUCCACGCGGACGUGCACUUGGAGGAAGUAGUUCUGUAAAUGGGCUCCUGUACAAUCGCUGCAAUCCAAAAGAUUACGAUUACUGGGCUGAAUUUACGAACGAUACGAGAUGGUCCUUCGCCAGUGUGGUGGACGCAUUCAAAAGCUUAGAAAAUUAUCACGGCUUCUAUGAAGAUGAUUCAAGUCCAAAUCAUGGUAUAGAGGGGGAAAUGCAUGUCGAAAAGAUGGAAUUUCUCCCUGGCGUGGACGAACUAUUUGCAGCCCUGGAAGAAAAAGGUGUCCCGAUUGGUGACCUAAAUUCUGGCCUUUUUCCGUACGGUUUUUCGAAACUUGACUACAAUAUUAAGGACGGAUUAAGAUGGAGUACUUACCACGCCUUUAUCAAGCCAAUUGAAGCCAGGGAAAAUUUCAAGAUUUAUAGAUACGCGUGGGCAACAAAGAUUCACUUCAACGAAACCAACCAUGCAAUCGGAGUGUCUUACGUGAGACAUGGGCAAGAACGAUACGUCGGUGCGAGGAAAGAGAUCAUUUUAUCCGCUGGAGUUUUUGACACACCAAAACUCCUCAUGCUCUCCGGUAUCGGACCAAGACAACAUUUAGAGGAACAUUCAAUUCCUGUAAUCGUUGACUCUCCCGCGAUUGGAAGUAAUUUCCAAGAUCAUCCCGGCGUAGGGUCGUACCCUCUCGCAAUUAAUAAGUCGCUGGGAUUAGUGGAUUACUUAACACCGGAAAAUGUUGCGGAAUUUGUGACCACGGGGAAAGGACCACUCUUACUGUUCCCAACGGCAAUUGGAACAUCUAAUUUUGCCCCACAAGUUGCCCAUGGCUACAUUACGAGCACCCACGCCGAUUACAACGAUAGGAACUGGCCAGAUUUGCAUGUUUAUAUCCACGAACAAAUCCUCACCCUGGGAAAUGGGGUGGAAGAGGAAGUAUUAUUUUUCGAUGUUGAACUAGAUCGCCAUGAACAGGUGGGAACGGUACGAUUGGCGAGUGGGAAUUAUUCAGAUGAUGUGCUAAUCGAUGGGAAAUUCUUUGAAAAUAUUUACGACGUGGAGAGAAUUAUUGAUGGUGUUGAAUUCAUGACGGAUAUUUUCCUAAAUUCGUCCACAUUCCAAGCUCUCGGAAUUAAGUGGAGUGAAAAUGUCCCUCUACUUCCGGCCUGUUCCGAGUACCCUUUUCCAUCUCGGGAACAUUGGCGUUGUUCCGUGCAUCAGACCGGCGCGGAGUUCUAUCAUGGCACCUCAACCUGUCGGAUGGGACCUAACAUCACCGUGGCAGGAGUGGACUCCAAGUUGAGAGUAUUUGGCACUAGUGGACUUCGCGUUAUUGACGCUUCGGUCAUGGUCCGAACACCAAGUGGCAACACGAACAUUCCAUCCAUGAUGGUGGGUGAAAUGGGUGCCAGGAUUAUUAUAGAAGAACAAUAACUUAUGCAGACUUAAAUACAUUUACAUACAUAUGUGUCAAUAAUACAGAAGCUGACGGUAAAAAAUAUAUUUCGUAGGAUAAGC